UCGCAAGCAGCAAACUAUCCGUGCCCCGAGACAAGUCGGCAUUGAAGAUGCCUGACGAUCAGAAGACCAAGCCCUUCCCUGAACUUUCGUCCAAAUUAACUGCUCCGGCGAAAAAGUCGUUGUUCGAACGCCAGAAAGCGGAGGCGGAAGCGAAGCGUGCCAGAGAAAAAGCCGAAACCGCAGCUGUGUACGAAGACUUCGUGAAGUCAUUUGAGAACGAUGGCGAUUCUUCGGCACCAUUUGCUACAGCAGGCAGAUCGAAUACGUAUCGCCAUGGCAAUCUGGGUGCGGUGCACUCCGUUGGCGGCCCAGCGAGACGGCAUUUCACAAGCGGGACCAUGAAGGGCUCAGCAAUUGGGAGCUUGGGUCCUCCUCCAUCCCAAUUUUCCAAAAAGAGAACAUAUGAUGGAUAUCCAGCGUCGUCUCGCGACCGUGACACGAAUCGAGGACUUUUCGCCUUCGAAAAUUCAUCUGGGCCGGUUGACAGUGCAUUUCGAACAUCCGACGACGAGGAAGAGAAAUCUGCGGAGAAAAAAGAAGAAGAGAGAGCUGCCGCUAAACCUACUCUACAUCUUUCCUCGCUACCUCCAGGGACAUCGCCCGCGGUAGUCAAGGCUCUUAUUCCUCCGGUUUUGGUGGUUGACAACGUUAAGAUCAUUCCGCCUGCCAAUCAAGGGGGUGGAGAGCGCAAGGUAUGGUCAGCUAUUGUCACGCUGGCCAAAGAGACCGCUGCUACUGAUAUGGAUACCGUCGUGAGCUCUUUACAAAAUAAGUAUCUUGGAUGGGGAUUUUAUCUCUCAAUAUCUCGCCACCUCUCUUCUGCUUCAAUUAGCUCUGCGAUGCCCGUUACUCCUGGCCUUGCUUCUCUCACCUUCCAGCCUUUUGGAGCGCGACCAUUAUCACAUGGACCUGGAACGUUUAGUCGUGGCCCACCAGGGCCUCAUCGUUCAGGCUUCGCGCCUCCAGCCUCAUACGGCGCUAGUUAUGGUUCAAGGGGUCCCGCAUUACAGGUUGACGUGAAGCCACCUUCCGACCUAAGACAGCUAAAAUUAAUACACAAGACGCUGGAAAAUCUGUUAACUUAUGGACCUGAGUUUGAAGCUCUUCUUAUGAGCCGUCCACAAGUGCAGAAAGAAGAGAAGUGGGCAUGGAUAUGGAAUCCCAGGAGUGUGGGCGGUGUAUGGUACAGAUGGAAACUAUGGGAUAUUCUUACAAAUUCAAAAAAGAAUAACAAGACGAAUCGGAUACGCGGUGCUCCAACGUAUAUCUUUGAAAACGGUCCAAGCUGGAUUGCGCCGGAAAAGAAAUUGAAUUUCGAGUUCAUAACCCAAUUAGACCAAUUUGUCUCCGAUGAAGAUUACGACUCUUCUGAAGACGAUGAAUCUGAUAGAGAAGAGGAGAGGCGGAUAGCAGAGGUAUCGAAUGAAUCCAAUGACGGAAUCGGUCACUUGAAUCCGCUCCAAAAGGCGAAGCUAGUUCAUCUGCUUGCAAGGCUCCCGACGUCUAAUACGAAGCUUCGUCGAGGCGACGUCGCGCGCGUUACGUCAUUCGCAAUUAAUCAUGCGGGAGAAGGGGGCGAUGAAGUGGUCAAUCUGAUCGUUUCUAAUGUUAAGCACCCCUUGGCUUAUACUGCGGCGAAUCCCGACAGACAACCCGAUGAAUCCGAGGCCCUAAAUGCAAAGAUAGACGAGAAUAUGCAACUUAAGGAGGGCGACGGGGACGGCGAGGCCUCUGAACAAAAUCUGAAGCCUGCAUCCAAAGAGAAGCUAGACAAGUCACCAGCCAAACUAGUAGGGCUAUAUAUUAUAUCGGACAUCUUAUCUUCGUCAUCUACAAGUGGCGUUCGUCAUGCUUGGCGUUACAGACAGUUAUUUGAGACGGCGCUCAAGAACCACAAGGUAUUCGAGCAUCUCGGACGUCUUGAAAAGGAGCUAGGAUGGGGACGUUUAAAAGUAGAAAAAUGGAGACGGAGUAUUGGGAAUUUACUGGGCCUCUGGGAAAGUUGGUGUGUUUUCCCCCAAUCAAGCCACGAACACUUUGUGCAAGUGUUUGAACAGCCACCCCUUACUGAAAAGGAGAUUGCGGAAGAAAAAGCGAGAGCAGAAGCCGAGAAGAGUGCUGCUGCGUUUGGUGGAAAGGGGAAAAGCAAGUGGAGGUCGGUGGAAGAUGUUGGCGGGAACACGGAUACAAGCGUUGUUGAACCAACCAUGGACGACGAGAAUAUAGAUAUGGAUAUCGAUGGAGCGCCGAUAUUGGAUGAGGAAAGCCUUGAUGCCCAAUCAAUGUCGGACAUUGACGGUAUUCCUAUGGAGGACUCUGAUAUGGAUGUCGAUGGUCAGCCUUUGAAUGAUGAAUCCCCUGAAGGCCAGGACCAGGGUUCUGAUAUGCCUGUGGAAGGUAAACAACCCUCUAAACCCGAGCCGACAACACCUGAACCUCCAGCCAAACGCCGUCGGCCCAAGGCAGAAGAUAUGUUUGCAGAUUCGGAUUCUGAAUAGGGGAUUGGUGAAUCCA